CGCUCGCUGCUGGCCGUGCUCUUCCUUUUCUCGCUCUCCUCCUCCUUCCUCUACUUCGUCUAUGUGGCGCCGGGCAUCGUGAACACCUACCUCUUCAUGAUGCAAGCCCAAGGUAUCAUGAUUCGUGAAAACAUGAGAACAAUAGGAGCUCAGGUGUACGAGCAGGUGGUCCGCAGUGCCUAUGCCAAGAGGAACAGCAGUGUGAAUGACUCCGAUUAUCCUCUUGACUUGAAUCACAAUGAAACCUUUCUGCAAGCUACAACUUUUCUUCCUGAAGAUUUUACGUACUUCCCCAACCACACCUGUCCUGAGAGGCUCCCUUCUAUGAAGGGCCCCAUUGAUGUAAAUAUGAGCGAGAUUACGAUGGAGGACAUCCACCAGUUCUUCUCCAAAGACCCUUCCAUCAAGCUGGGAGGCCACUGGAAGCCGAGCGACUGCCUGCCUCGCUGGAAGGUGGCGAUCCUGAUCCCAUUCCGCAAUCGCUAUGAGCAUCUUCCAGUCCUUUUCAGGCACCUUAUUCCAAUGCUGCAGCGUCAGCGUUUACAGUUUGCAUUUUAUGUCGUGGAACAAGCUGGUACUCAGCCCUUCAACCGUGCCAUGCUCUUCAAUGUUGGCUUUCGGGAAGCGAUGAAGGACUUGGACUGGGACUGUCUCAUUUUCCAUGAUGUGGACCACAUACCUGAAAAUGACCGCAACUAUUACGGAUGUGGACAGAUGCCGAGACACUUUGCAGCCAAACUGGACAAGUACAUGUACCUGCUUCCCUAUAAUGAGUUCUUCGGUGGGGUGAGCGGCCUGACUGUUGAGCAGUUCUGGAAGAUCAAUGGUUUCCCCAAUGCCUUCUGGGGCUGGGGUGGUGAGGAUGACGACUUAUGGAACAGAGUGCAGUAUGCAGGCUAUUCAGUGACUCGACCAGAAGGAGACACAGGGAGAUACAAAUCAAUUCCCCACCAUCAUCGAGGAGAAGUGCAGUUCCUAGGAAGGUACGCCUUGCUGAGAAAGUCAAAAGAAAGGCAAGCCCUGGAUGGCCUCAAUAAUUUGAACUACUUUCCUAAUGUCACAUAUGACGCCUUGUAUAAGAACAUCACUGUCAACCUGACACCAGAGCUGGCUCUGGUAACUGAAUAUUAAGUGGAGAAAAUAAUUUUGUUCUGCUCUUCACCAAGAGAACAUCACACCUGAUUUUCUUUUCCAAGGGUUGUCGAGGACAAGAUACGUUGUCUAAUGAAGGAUCACAGUAUUUUGGAGUAUAAGGCUGAAAGUGCACGCACAAAUUGUCUCAACUGACCUAGCCCUACCCAGUCCUCAUGCAGUGAGUUCCACAGGCUUUUUUGUUCCCUGCCAUUUGCUUUCUGGUUUUCAGGACAGCUGUUGGAGCUGCUGCUCUCAUCUCCACAUUCCUCCAGCAAUCCUCAGCUCUGGGCUCAAUUAGGGCACGUUCUUUCCUCUGGCAAGUGUUGGGAGCAAUGCAAUUGGAACUGCCCUGGUGGAAGACCAGACAGCUUCUGGUACCAUUCUUCUACAUUUGUGCUGGCUUUUUUUUUGUUGUUGUUUUUUGUUUUUUUUUUUUUAAAUGACCUGCUAAAAGUAUAUACAUCAGAAUCGCUUCUUAAAGAAGUGUAAAUGUAAAUAUGCUGUGUUUAAAUUGCCCAUUUUUAUUAUCUUCUAAGGUUUGAAUCCAAGCUAGAGGUUUACAUAAGGUCACUCACUCAUCUUAGUCCUGAGUUCUGUAAGCACUUGUGUGUGCAUCACUGUAUUUGUGCAAGUUGUUCCCUGUUCCACCAGCGAGAAUGCUUGUAUGAUUUAAUCUAUGCAUAUGCAUUAAUCAUGUAGGUAGCUCCUUCCGAGAAGAGAGAAUAAUAUUUCUAUCAUGUUUGUGAUGUACUGUGCAGAUCAGUGUGAAGCUGUAUGGGAUGGGAUCCACCACCUGUUCUGCACAACCCAAUGGCAGACAUGGCUCUGCAGCUCCUGGGAGCUCACCAAGUCCCUGCCAUCCUCAUGUUGAGCAGAAGGGAUUAGAGGGUUGUUCUGUGGAAGAGAAUUAGGUAAGCAGUGAGUGAAUCCAGUGAUGUGGUUGCCACUAUUGGCUACUUGAAAGCACUGGCAGGAGUGCAGCUGGUGGACAGGCUGUCUGCAGACACCAGUACGGGAUAGAUGAAGGACAUGUGAGUUCAGCUUAUGCAAGCUUGAGGACUAGGAACCUGACAGCUUGGUCUGGUGCCCCAUCCAGC